UGUUUAAACAUGGCCACUCGCUGAAUGUCACAUUACUUCUCAUGCUGAAAAUAUACAGUAGUUAACGUUAAAUAUAUCUAAUCUCCAGCGAAUAAAAAGGAGGUGACACCUGGGAAGAUUCUACUUUACUUCGUCUAUCAUCCUCAGAGGAUAAUCCAGCCGACACCAUGGUGCAUUUAUCAUCAUUCCUGCUAAAGAAGUACCACGGGGGUCACGUUGUCCUCCGAUUGGCUCUUGCAGGCCACAAACAAGCAAACAGACCUUUUUAUCGCAUUGUGGCGGCUUACAACAAGAAGGCAAGAGAUGGUAAAUAUCUAGAGCAGUUGGGCACCUACGACCCCCUCCCAAACGUCCACAACGAGAAACUCGUCAGCUUCAACUUUGACCGGAUCAAGUACUGGAUAGGCUGUGGUGCACACCCAACAAAGCCAGUGGCCAAACUUCUAGGGUUGGCAGGAUUUUUCCCCCUGCACCCGAUGACGAUAACAGAGGCAGAGCGUAAAAGAGCCCAAACAGAGCUGACAGCAGCAGGAACAGAAGAUGGUCAGCAGGAGGAACAGAAGGAGGCUGAAGUGUGAGAAUUGAAGGCCGGGGACUGUGUGGGACUGUCCAGUACAAAAGGAUGUCACAGUUAUUUGAAGAGAACUGAUUGAUUUGUUUCCGAACUCAUGGGGUAGACUGCUCGUUUAGCAACGUCACAUAAAACAUACUGUAGUUCUGGUUGCUUCGGAGCAGCUAUGGACAAUUCAGAUGAAACUUGUUCUCAAUCAUGUUCAAUCGCUUCAGAUUAUCUUUGACAGUGGAGUGCCAUAACAGGCAGUUGUUUGUAUUUACUGUUUUACUUGACUUAAAUAAAGUAUUUGAAUAUUAUUGCA